UUUAUGUCCUUUCAGUCUAUCAUCUCAAACGAACGAAGAGAAUUUGAGUGAUUUCACGAAUUAUUGAACCUUAAUUGCUUGUUCGUCAUCGUAAACUGUUUUGAAAAACUCACUAAUUAAGACUUGGCAGUUUGACAGAUGUUGUCAACACAGUGAAAUCCGGAACAUUUUCUUCAUAAUAGUUUGUUGUGCAAGGUUAAACAUUGUGCAUACUGUGGAUUCAACUACAUAGAUACUUUGAUUGCACGGCAAGAUGUGUGAGCCUAAUACGCUGAAUGUUUCUGCAAGUCUUUGCCCUGAACGACCAGCUCCGAAAUCGCAAGAUGAAAAAACACAAUCACGCAAGCCGAAUACUCUUUCGGCUGUUCCGAAAAAACUUCUCUCCACCGAAAAUGUUGGAUCAGCCACAGGCAAUCCGCGCAACAAGGUGGCCCUUCGUCCCGGCCACUCGCUCAUGGACUGGAUCCGGCUGGGCAACUCGGGCAAGGACCUGACCGGCGUGGGUGGCGUGCCGCGCGACGUACCUGCGUCCGAGCUGGCCAAGCACAACCGGCAGGACGACGCGUGGCUGGCCGUCAAGGGUCGCGUGUACAAUGUGACACACUACAUGGAUUUCCAUCCCGGAGGCGUGGAGGAACUAAUGAGAGGCGUCGGCAAAGACGCCACUAGUCUCUUUAAUCAGGUUCACGCCUGGGUGAACUACGAAUCCAUCCUGCAAAAGUGCAUGGUCGGCCCUUUGCGCGGAGGACUCUUGUUUUCAGCCAGCAAACCCAUGCAGCCCCUCACUCAACUUUUGUUCGGCAAGAAAGGGGAAAAGGCUGAAAUGCCUCCUCCGUCUGCCAAAGCAAUAGAGUACAAUCCUUCUGGCACUCCAAGUCUAUCAUCAGCAGUGGCGCCAAAGCCAAGCAACCCUCGGCUAGAUUGGUUCCAACAGCUGGGCGCGGUCACACUUGUCCUCUACGCCCGUCAGGUGUCUCGAAUUCCAGGGAAGCUUCCGCCGUGGGUCAGGGUCACCCUGGACGACGGGGGCACCAAAGUGUCCAUCCUGGUCUGCAACGUGGGCGGCGAGCCCGGUUUGACCUACGAGGCGCGUCUGGAGCUGAGUGCGCCUGUCACGUGGCCUUGCACCGCGGUCAGGGUGCAUCCUGAUUCAGGCAAGGUCGAGGUCACGUUCAAGAAGGCGACCGACGUCAUUUGGAAGACGUUUGGCGUUCCUGACGAAGCGCACGGAGUCAUUUCGCAAGAUGUGCAAGCCGAGAGCGAGUUCUGGCCUGUGCAUCUGGUGGAGGAAACUCAAGUUAACCACAACAGUAAAGUGCUGCAAUUCAAGUUUUCGACCAGGGUGUGUUUCACUGUGCCUGUUGGACAUCAUUUCAGAGUGCAAAAGAAUAUUCAAGGUGUGAUAGUUGCAAGAAGUUACACCCCAAUUGUGCCUUCCCUCAAGUCCUACUCGUACGACUGCGACUCAAUUUACCUCAUGGUCAAAUCAUAUCCAGACGGAGCCCUGAGUUCCGCUCUUUGCAACCUGGAAGUCGAGCAGAAGGGUUUCGAAGUCAGCCGACCUGUAGGAAAUUUUGACGCGCGAUGUUUGUCAGACGCCAGCAGACUCUGUCUGAUUGCUGCUGGCACUGGCAUAACCCCGAUGGUCAGGGUAAUUUUGCAUGUCUUGGCAGACAGCAGAAAGUAUUGUAAAUUGGUGAAGCUGGCCUUCUUCAAUAAAACAGAAAAGGACAUUUUAUGGAAAGAACAGUUCAGUUCUUUAUCUCAGGAGGACGAGAGGUUUCAUGUGCAACACAUCCUUUCCGAGGCAAGUGACGACUGGUCUGGAACAAGAGGGCGGAUCAGAACAGAUAUUAUCGAGUCACUUCUGAUUGAAAAGGAGGGCCUCAGCGUUAGUGAUGCUUUAAAACAAGAACCAACCUUCUUUUGCGUGUGCGGCCCCACACCUUUUACUGAAACGACAAAAAGGCUCUUGGAUGAAAUGAAGGUGCCUAAAAGUCAGUACCACUGUUUCCUCGGCUGAAGAGCUCAAAACCAGAGACUGACUGCAUCAAAGCCACCAGUAGCCUACCGUCAGAGACCAACUUAUCGACAACCUGCAUUGAUGUGAUUGUUUACAAGUAUUUUAUGAAUACUCUCAAACAACGAUAUAGCACAAACCUCAGCUCCAUUAUAGACAAUUUUCUCAUCUUUCGUGCAGAAAACACAUUACUUGUUUUUAUGUAGCUUUACAAUAAACCUUCCGACUGAUUUUCUUAUCCGGGUCUGUUGUUUGAUGGUUGAUGUACCACGAAAGACUAGAAUUAUAUAUCAUGGAACAAAAUACAAAACCACGAGUGCACCUUCCGAAUUGUCUGUAGAAUGAGAGGUCAGUGUCGACGCACCAAAUGUUAAUGUUUAGCUAGACGUGUCAUCGUUUGUCUGAUAGUGCGCUGCAGUGGCUUAUUCAUUUCCGAUUCUCUGGCGUCUAGUGGUAUAGCACAAGUUCAUGUUAUUGUUAUUUUUUAUCAUCAAAACCUGGUGUACUAACUCAAUGGUGUUGUUGGAGAAGUGAAGCCAUGAAUUGUGAUAAAUGUCUUAUUGUAAUGAUAUGAAACCGCGCUGAGUAUUUUCAAAAUAAACAUGAAUAAGAUAUUCCUGAAUACCUAAA